UGAUUUUUCAAACAUUUCACUCCACAUUCUAGUACAUAUACUGUUCAAAAAUUCAUUUUAUUGGGGCUCAAAGAAGGGCUCAAUUCUCAUCUCCUUUGAAGUCUUGAGCCGCGAGGACUGAAGAAAUGAAUAUGGAUAUAGAGAAUGAAACUUAAUCUACUGGUUUAACCAGCUCAUUAUAUUACUGAAAACUUGCACCGAGACUGAGAUUGCAGUAUACCUUCGUAGAUUCCUCUCUUUUUUGAUUGGUCAAAUUCAUAAAAGUUACCCAUCAUCUCAAUUCCCAAAACUCCAAAAAAUUUGAAGAAAUCCAGGGUGAAUUGACCCUCCCGAAAUUCAUACAAAAAUGGCGUAAAAUUCAACUACUUCAUCGUCUUCCCAAAACCCUCCUUGCAGCCAUCAACGAAUCAGAUGAUCAUGACGAUUGAAUCCACCCUCAAAUUUGCAACAUUUGCAGGGUUCGCCACCUUUCUCUUCUAGUCUAGCCAUCACCUGCCUUCUCUUGACCAAAAAAUCAAAGACAAAUGGUGCAAUCCCAGCAGCAGCAACAACAAAUGGUGCAAACCCAACAACAAUUGGUACAACCCCAGCAGAAAUUGGUACAAACCCACCCGCAAAAGCAUCAACAAUUGCAGCACUUCACCAACAAUUACAGCCACAGCAGCAGAAUAACAAUGGAGGUCUUAAUGAUAAUAGUAGUAAUACUAAUUUAAUUGAGGUUUCGAUUUAUCAGACGCAGCAGGGUUUACAGAGAACCCCUUCGGUGUCAAGGCUGGAUCAAAUGCAACAGCAGCAGCAAUCAGAAUGAUUAGGCAACAUCAGCGCCAGCAAGCUGGGAUUUAUGGGCAAUGAAUUUUGAGGGGGGCGGUAAUGCACUUCAGCAACACCAACAAUUGCAACAGCAGCAAGAACAUCAGCAAAAUCAGUUGUGGGAACAACUGGGGCAGAUUAACAGCAACAAUUUGAUGCGGUCGGCAUUGAUGGGGCGAACAGGGCACCUGCCCAUGUUAUCUGAUCAAUCUGCAGCAGUUGCAGCUCAAUUUAAUUUACAGAGCCAGUUAUUAACUUUGGUGAGGAGUCUUGAUAAAUGAUAAUUACACAAUCUUUGGCUUUGCUUGUACAAAAAAGUGAUCUUUGUAAUGCUUACCCUGUUCAUCUGAUUUUUUAUUGAGUUUAUUUAUACAGUCAAGUGCACUAAUGUGUUUCAAUGUGAAAAUUAGAUUUCGAUGCUACUAAUUUCUUAUAUGUUUACAUCUGUUUAUGUGUUCGGAUUUGAGAUGAUGGGAAUUUUGGGCAGAGAAACCAGCCUCGAAAAAAGGCAGGAUUGAUACGGGGUCUCAGUCCCAUCCUAGCAAUUCUCAAUGGCAGUCUUUGCAGGGAAUGUAGGCAUUGGGAAUGAUGGGGUCCCUCAAUUUGAAUUUCCAACCUAGAGCAAACAGAAUGCUUGUUUAUGCCUGGCAAAGGAUUAACCCAUGGCAAUUGAGGCUGCAAUUUUCACAGCAAAUUGAACUCACCAAUAGUCAGGACGCAAUUUUGCUAGGACGUAGUUUAUGAAUCCUCAGUUAUUCGGAUUGGCUCAGAAUGGACAACAAGCUAUGAUACAGAACACCUUGUCCCUACAGUUGUGGUUAAACAAAUGCCUUCUAUGUCUUCUCCCAAUUCUCAUUCAUAUCAUCUUCAACAGCAAAGGCAGCAACAACUAAUGGAGCAGCAAUUAGCUGCUUCUUCUCAGUUUCAUCAGAAUUCUAUGGGAUUUAACCCACAACAGAUGUCUCAAAUGGCACAACGGCAACAAAAAAUGGGCCAUUCCCAGAUGAAACUGCAAUCACAACUGCUUUUGCAUGACCAGCCACCACAGCAGCAGCAGCCACAACCUCUUUCAUAGCAGCAGCAUCAGUCUCCAGAAAUGGUGGCUCCCGGAGGCCAGAAAUCUGUUAGUUUCACAGGAUCUCAGCCAGAUGCUACUGCAUCUGGAAAUACUACUCCAGGAGGGAGUUCGAGCCAAGGGACAGAGGCGAGCAAUCAUCUUCUUGGGAGGAGAAAGAUGCAAGAUCUAGUUUCACAGUUGGAUCCACGUGGAAAGCUGGACCCCAAAGUUGAAGAUCUUCUUUUAGAGAUGGCUGAUGACUUCAUUGAUUUGGUUGCAUCAUUUGCUUGCUUCCUGGCAAAGCAUUGGAAUUCUUCAACUCUUGAAGCUAAAGAUGUACAGCUGCAUUUAGAGAAAAACUGGAAAUUGACCAUUCCAGGGUACUCUAGUGAAGAUGACAAACACCUUGCAGAGCAUUAUUGUGACACUUGGAUAAGGCCAGGAAGCUUGUACUCAAUAUUUUGCAUCGAUAAUACAUCUUUCGUUGGCUUUGAUUCGUCUCCAUCUCAACUCUCUUCCCUUCACGUACUCUUACCAAGUGAAGUCCACGAAAAGCGUCUGGAUGUGAUACAUAGUUCAAUGGAGCCUGUCCCAUCCGAGACAAGUACAAAUAAUGCUAGGCUGAUGGAUAGACAGGGCGCCGGCAAUCCAUCUGGUCCAAGCCACAUGUUAAGACCUUCUCCAAGUUCGGAGCAAAUGGCCUCACAGUCUAAUGUUCCCCAAAUCCAGCAGCCAACAAAUAGGUUUUGAUGGCCAUCAGUUCCCAGGUCUCUUGCCAAAUAAGAAGAGUUUCUUAGUUAAAUGGAGAAUAUUGUAGCUGUCCACUGUUUGAAGGCCUGCGAUUAUUCAGUUAGGGCUGAUAAUCAGUUGGAGAAAGUCUUUAUGGAAAUACUGUGACAUGAAGAUCCUUGUUGGAUGAAAAAGUUGGGAGUUUUUUUUUCAUUUUUUUUUUUUAACAUGUUUUUUCACAUUAUAUAUAGUGUACCGGAAUUAAGUAUUUUGAACCCCGUCUUGUGAAUAGUUGACUUGCAAUGGGAUUUUUAUGUCACCACCAUAUCAUGUUUUCAUUUUCUGAUAAUCAUUCAGUUAGUUUCUCUGCAUUUUAAAUGCCAACACUGCAGGGAAGUUAAUUAUUGAAGUUUUUGAAGCCAAUUUUUAUAUAUUGGCUUUGACAGUUA